AUGGCGUACGACAAAGUCAGGUUCGACAAGCUCCAGAAGGUGUUGCAGAAGGCAGUGGACUACACGGUUGAAAAGCUGUUUCGGCCAGAGCAGCUAGAAAAAUGCUUCCCCAACAUCAGCCAGAUGAAAGGAGGAGAGAAGGCGUUGCAGACUGCAAGGAAACAGAUCUUGGACUACUUCCAGAGAACGCUGGUCGAUCAGUUCAGGCACAUUUUCGAACAAAACGAUAUUGAGAGAAAACUAGACGAACUUGACGAGAUCAUCCAGGACGCCCAGGCGAGAAGAGACCUGGGGGUGGAGGAGCCUUUGUUUGUCGAUAAGCUUUCGCCCCAGCAGCUAAUAGACGCCCGUGUGAGCCAAACAAAAGCUGAGACUGUGGACAAAUUGCAAUUGAUAUACGAGCAGCUUCUUCUAGAUAACAAGCAGCUUCACGAAGAGAUCGUGGGGCUUGUGAAAGAAGGUACUGAGGUGAAGGACGACCUACUACUGCAAAUCGACGCUUUGGCCAGCGGCGUCGAUGAGAUUCGCAAGGCCAAGUUUGAUGAACACUACGACGCACUUAUCGAAAACGUGCUCAAAUGA